AUGUCGCGAGUUCAGCCGCAAGACGUCGCGUCGAAGUUCAGUGCCGUCGAUGGCGCUACGGAAAGUGGGAAGGGGACGAUGAGCCGUCUCAAGAGCCUUCGAACCUUCAUGCGGGAGCAUCAUGUGGAUGUUUACGUAAUCCCAUCUGAGGACUGCCAUGCGUCUGAGUAUAUCGCCCGCUGCCAUGCCCGUCGCGAAUUCAUUAGCGGCUUUACUGGCUCUUCUGGAUGCGCAGUAGUCACACAACAGAAGGCUAUUCUAGCUACCGACGGUCGAUAUUUUAGCCAAGCCUCUCAGGAGCUGGACGAAAACUGGGAACUUCUCAAACAGGGUACCCAGGAAGGCCUAACCUGGCAGGAGUGGACUGCGACUGAGGCGGCUGGCGGAAAAGUGGUUGCUGUCGACCCUUCUCUCAUCUCGGCACCAUCUGCGAAGAAAUUAUCAGAGAGGAUUCAACGGAGUGGAGGAGCCGAACUGCUUCCUCUCGAGACGAAUCUCGUUGACCUCUGUUGGGGAUCUGACCGGCCCGAUCCUCCUUCCAAUGCUGUGACCACUCUACCCGACAAAUUCAGUGGGAAGGAUGUCCAGGCGAAAUUGUCGGAGUUACGGCGGGAGCUGGCCAAGAAGAACUCGAUGGGGUUUGUCGUCUCGGCCUUGGAUGAGGUCGCGUGGCUCUUCAACUUGAGGGGCUCUGACAUACCCUACAAUCCUGUCUUCUUCUCCUACGCCAUUGUUACACCCACUACAGCCACUCUUUAUAUUAACAAGCAACAGCUUGGUGCUAACACACUCGCGUAUUUGGAAUCAAAUGGGGUCUCAAUAAAACCGUAUAGUGACCUUUUCACAGACGUUAGGAAGCUUUGUGAUGCGGCCAAACCACAGGAAACGGCUCCCGGUUCCCCAUGCCCUCGGUUUCAUAUAUCCACGAAGGCAUCCUGGGCGCUGAAGCUCGCCCUUGGUGGGGAUGAGAAUGUCGAGGAAGUUCGCAGCCCCAUCUCUGACGCGAAGGCCAUCAAAAACGACACAGAAAUGGAUGGUAUGCGAGCCUGUCAUGUUCGAGACGGUGCUGCGCUCAUCGAAUUCUUUGCUUGGCUGGAAGAUCAGUUGGUAGAUCAAAAAGCCGUCCUGGACGAGGUCGACGCUGCUGACAAACUGGAAGAACUGCGCCGUCGGCAGAGGGAUUAUGUGGGCUUGUCAUUCAGCACAAUAUCCUCAACUGGGGCAAAUGCCGCCAUCAUCCACUACAGCCCGAAGCGAGGCAGUUGCUCUGUCAUUGACCCCAAUUCAAUCUAUCUCUGCGAUUCGGGAGCGCAAUACCUUGACGGGACUACUGAUACAACGCGAACAUUCCACUUUGGCACACCCACGGACUUCGAAAAGCGCGCAUAUACUCUCGUCCUUAAGGGAAAUAUAUCUCUGGACACGGCGAUUUUCCCAAAAGGCACGACUGGGUUUGCGCUCGAUGCCCUGGCACGGCAACAUCUCUGGCGCGAGGGCCUCGACUAUCGCCAUGGAACCGGCCACGGAGUUGGCUCCUACUUGAACGUACAUGAAGGUCCCAUCGGAAUCGGUACCCGUGUCCAAUAUACGGAAGUUGCACUGUCGCCAGGAAACGUCGUUUCUAUUGAGCCUGGAUAUUACGAGGAGGGCUCAUUCGGCAUAAGAAUCGAGAAUGUCGCAAUAGUUACCGAGGUGCAGACGGACAAAUCUUUCGGAGACAAACCCUACCUAGGCUUCGAACAUGUCACCAUGGUUCCUUUCUGCCGAAAUUUGCUAGAUGUCAGUCUGCUGACAGAACCAGAGAAACAGUGGCUCAACGAGUAUAACGCCGCGAUUCUUGCGAAAACGGAGGACUUGAUUCAGGCAAAUCCAAAAGCAUUGACUUGGCUUAAGCGGCAAACGCGCCCAGUUUAA